AUGGAGCAUAUCGAUGACGCGCAAUUCGAUGGGAUAGACCCCAGUGCCUCUCCUUUCGAGAGCGUCGGCAGCAACACAACUCCCGAUACCGAAUUCUCUCCUCCCAGCAGUCCAAUUCGGAAGACCGCUAUUCUUAACGAUUGUCGAUCUCAGGCGAGAGAGAAACUUGCCCGGCUGACUCUCGAGGAAAAGGUCUCCCUACUCACGGCCGCGGAUUUCUGGAGAACGAAGGGAAUACCCGCCAAAGGUAUUCCAGCUAUCAAAACGAGUGAUGGCCCUAACGGCGCUCGAGGAGGCAUCUUUGUCGGAGGUACCAAGGCAGCUUUGUUCCCAUGUGGUAUCUCGCUGGCAGCCACUUGGAAUAAAGACCUUUUAUAUACUGUUGGGCAACACUUAGCCAACGAGGUCAAGGCUAGGUCCGGCAAUGUACUACUCGCUCCUACAGUUUGCAUGCAUCGCCACCCUCUGGGGGGCCGAAACUUCGAAUCAUUCUCGGAAGACCCGCUCCUCACUGGCAAACUCGCCUCGAAGUACAUUCAAGGCCUUCAGUCCAAAGGAAUUGCUGCGACCAUUAAGCAUUUUGUGGCGAAUGAACAAGAAACUAACCGGCUCACCGUCGAUUCGGUGACGAUGGAACGACCCCUAAGGGAAAUAUACCUCCGCCCUUUCGAGAUUGCCAUACGAGAAGCCAACCCAUGGGCCGUGAUGUCUUCAUAUAACCUGGUCAAUGGAGUCCAUGCUGACAUGAACAUCCAUACACUUAAGGACAUCCUCCGAGGGGAAUGGGGAUACGAUGGCACCGUAAUGUCAGAUUGGGGCGGCGUCAACUCCACCGUCGAGUCCAUAAAAGCGGGAUGUGAUAUAGAAUUUCCCUUCUCGUCUAAAUGGCGCUUUGAGAAAACCUUGAAAGCUAUUGACGAGGGGCGACUUACGAGGGAUGACAUAGAUAUUGCAGCGGAAAAUGUCUUGACCCUCGUAGAACGCACAAAAGGAGACGACAUGUCAGCCGAAGAAGCUGAACGUGAGGAUGACCGGGAGGAAACGAGAGUUUUGAUCCGGGAGCUAGGGGCCGAGGGGUUAACAUUAUUGAAGAACGAAGGGCAGAUCCUGCCGCUCGAUCCCGUGACCACCAAAGUUGCUGUUAUUGGUCCUAAUGCUAACCGAGCCAUCGCCGGGGGCGGUGGAAGCGCCAGUCUCAACCCGUAUUACAAUACACUCCCGCUCGAUAGCAUUAGAGAAGCCGCACAGCAAGAAGUUGUAUACGCCCAAGGAUGUCAUAUUCAUAAAUGGCUUCCAGUCGCGUCUCCUUUCUGCACCGAUAAAUCGGGCGAGCAAGGCAUCACUCUCGAAUGGUUUAGCGGCGAUAAAUUCCAGGGUGAUGUCGUCGUCACACAGAGAAGAACCAACACCGACCUCUUCUUGUGGGACUCUGCACCGCUAAGUCAACUUGGCCCGGAAUGGUCAGCCAUUGCAACAACUUAUAUAACGCCAACGGCCAACGGAAAACACACGAUUAGUUUCAUGAGCGUCGGCCCUGGAAGACUAUACGUUGAUGGAAACUUGGCCCUCGAUCUCUGGGACUGGACGGAAGAAGGCGAGGCGAUGUUUGACGGCUCAAUCGACUAUAUGGUCAAUGUGGAGAUGCAAGCCGGGACUCCGGUCGAACUAAGAGUGGAGAUGACCAACGAGCUUCGGCCGAUUGCCAAGCAGAAGACCUUCAAUAUGACACAUAAGUAUGGUGGCUGCCGCAUUGGUUUCAAGGAGGAAGAUCAGGUCGACUACCUCCAACAAGCUGUAGAUGUGGCAAGAGACGCCGACGUCGCUAUCGUCAUUGUUGGACUUGAUGCCGAAUGGGAAUCUGAGGGUUACGACAGAAAGACGAUGGAUCUACCUGCAGAUGGAAGCCAGGAUCGACUAAUCGAAGCUAUCGUGAAGGCUAAUCCUCGAACAGUGGUUGUUAACCAAUCCGGCUCACCUGUGACAAUGCCAUGGGCAGACAGGGUGCCGACCAUUAUUCAAGCCUGGUACCAAGGCCAAGAAGCCGGUAAUGCGUUGGCAGAUGUCUUGUUUGGUAUACGGAAUCCCAGCGGCAAACUACCAACAACGUUCCCUCGACGUCUCGAGGACACGCCUGCAUACCACAACUGGCCCGGAGAGAAUCUGCGUGUCCUGUACGGCGAAGGCCUGCAUAUUGGAUACAGGCACUACGACCGCGCAGGCAUUGAACCCCUUUUCCCAUUCGGCCAUGGGCUUUCAUACACAACAUUCGAAUACGGCCGGCCGUCACUUAGCCGGAAGACACUAACAGAAACGGCACCGAUCCAUCUGAUCAUGGCAGUCACUAAUACCGGUAAAGUCGCCGGCUCGGAGACGAUUCAGAUAUACGUCAGAGAUGACAAGUCGAGACUACCUCGGCCCGAAAAAGAACUGGUAGCAUUCGAGAAGGUGUCGUUGGAACCGGAAGAAACCAAACACAUCAUCGUUGCAUUGGAUAAGUAUGCGGUGGGAUACUAUGAUGACUCGGUACCGGCAUGGAUCGCAGAAGAGGGCACAUUUAAGGUGCUGAUAGGGGCGUCAGCGAUUGAUAUCAGGCACUCUGUCCCGUUCGAAGUCAAGGAAUCAUUCACUUGGACUUUUUAA